CCGCGAGUAAAAAUGAAAAACCGAGACUUGUGAGGUUUCACUAAAUUUUAAUGUUAUAUUUAACGAUUUUUACGUGGAUUCGGAUGAUAAAUUAGUCGUAAUUGUAAAUUGUAAAUUGUAGAACUAUAUUAAUAAAUAUGUUUAACGUAAUUAGAAAUUUGGCAACAGCCGUCGGCAGAAGAAAUGGAAGAACUAAUUCAAAAAAAUCAAAACCAAAAUUUAUGAAAAAACAGAAAUUAAAAGUAUUGCCAAUUUACAAGUAUCCUACAAGCAAACCUGGAACACACCGUGUUUAUGUAUGGGGAUUGCAAGAACAUGGUGCACUUGGUACUGUCAAGCGAAUUUCUUUUGCUGAAGAGAGUGUGGCAUAUGCUGGAUUUCCUCACCGAUUAUCAUUUGGUGAAUACAAUGAUGUUACUGACAUUGCCACUGGAUACGGGUUCACAGCUUUUGCUGUCAAAUCCAAAGAUCAUAAAAUUGUCUAUGGUAGUGGAAUCAAUUCUGACUCACAAUUAGGAUAUCAUCCAAAAGAUGAAAAGUUGAAAAUUCCAAUUGUCAAUGAGCCAAGACCAGUAUUCAUACCAUUAAAAAAUAAGACAACCAAAGUAUUAGGACUUGCAGCUGGCAGAGCACACCUUCUUAUACUAACAGAUGAAGGACUUUAUACUGUGGGAAACAAUGGCUAUGGACAAUGUGGACGACCAAUAAUUAUCAAUGAAAAUUAUUUAAAAAGUAGAGCUAUUCAUUUCAUACCAGACAUGAAAGGAGUUAAAAUGAGAUCUGUUACUGCUGGACAAGAUCAUAGUAUGGUUGUAACUGAAAAGGGAGAAGUAUAUGCCUUUGGCUGGGGUGCUGAUGGUCAAACUGGUCUUGCGCACUAUCGUAAUGAAUACAAACCUUCACUGGUAAAAGGAGAUCUGGCUGGUGAAAAUAUUGUCAAACUGACAUGUACUGCUGAUUGUGUUUUAGCUCUUUCUGAUAAAGGUACCGUGUUUGGUUGGGGAAACUCUGAAUACUCACAAUUACCAGCAAUUGGUGAUAGCCAACAAAUAAAUAUAGCAACUGAAAUAAAAAUGUGCAGUGGUCUUGGUCAAAUUGUGGACAUUGCGUCUGGUGGGAGCUUUUGUAUGGUUCUAAAUAAUGAAGGAGAUGUGUUUGUGUGGGGUUAUGGCAUUCUUGGACUGGGACCAGAAGUUCAAAGUGUUAGAAAGCCGACGUUGAUUCCGAAGACCCUCUUUGGCGUAAAUGCCUUCGAACCAAAUACGAAAGUAAUUAAAAUAUUUAGCGGAAUCAAUCAACUAGGUGCUUUAACAAACCAGGGCAAUCUGUAUAUGUGGGGUCGAAACAAAUAUGGCGCAUUAGGACUUGGUCAUCGAAAAGAUCAAUAUUUCCCUUUAAAAGUUUCCAUUGGAGCAAUUGUACAAAAAAUUAGUUGUGGAGUUGAUCAUACAGUAUCGCUUUGUAAACCUUAUAUUUGAAAAGCAAAAGUAAAAAAAUAAUAUUUAAAAUGUCAAAAGGUUUGAAGAACGUUUCAACAUCACUGCAAACAACAUAAAAUAUUGUUGCAAAAAUUAAAAAAUUGUACAGAUAUGUAAA